AUGGGUGGCCUUGUCACCCGCGGCGCCGCCGCCUCCACCCACGGCCGCGUCGCCCACGGAGGCGCCACCAACGGACACGUCGCCCACCACAACGGCACCCACGGCGCCGCCGGCGUCGCCCUCCCCGGCAGCACCCGCGUCACCCGCCUCAGCGCCAGCCGUCACGGUGCCGCCCCGGGCGAGGGCGGGGGACGCUGGGGGUCCCCGUGGGGCGCGGCCGCGGCACCCAAACGCCCCGGGGAGACGCCGGGUCCUGGUGCCAAACGGGCGCGGCUGGAGGCCACCGGUGACGAGGGCGACGGCACCGAGGACGACCCGGAUGUCAAGCCGGGCCGGGCGCCGCCGCGGGAACUGGUCGACAUCAAGGAGGAGCUCGACGAGCUCAGCGACGGCGGGAGCUUCGGGUCCCCCCCGGGCCCGUCGCCCUCCCCCGGCUGCAGCCCCCCCCCGAGCGACGGCACCCUCGGGCCCCCCUGGGCCGCCUGCGCAGGCCCCCCGCCCCUCCCCCCCCGGCGCCCCCCUCCCCCCCCCCCCCGCCCCCACCUGCGCUUUGAGAUCAGCAGCGAGGACGGGCUCAGCGUCAGCGCCGACACCAUCGACGGCGCCUGGCGCGCCGUCAUCGAGAAGGUGCAGGAGGCUCGAGCCAACGCCCGCCUCGGGCACCUCUCGUUCGCCGGCAUGAGCGGGCUGCGGCUGCUGGGGAUGCAGCACGACGCCGUCGUCUUCCUCGUGGAGCAGCUGCCGGGGGCGGGGGCCUGUCGGCGCUACCGCUUCCGCUACCACCCGCGCCGGGACCCCCCGCACCCACCCCCCCGCAACCCCUCCGGCUGCGCCCGCGCCGAGCUCUACCUGCGGAAGUGCACCUUCGACAUGUUCAGCUUCUUGGCGUCCCAGCACCGCACCCUCCCCCAGGGCCCCCCCCCCCGCGACGAGGAGGAGGACGAGGUGCAGCUGAAGCCCACCCGCCGUGCCACCAGCCUGGAGCUGCCCAUGGCCAUGCGCUUCCGUCACCUCAAGAGAACGGCCAAGGAGGCCGUCGGCGUCUACCGCUCGGCCAUCCACGGGCGGGGCCUCUUCUGCAAGCGCAACAUCGAGGCCGGGGAGAUGGUGAUCGAGUACUCGGGCAUCGUCGUGCGCUCGGUGCUCACCGACAAGCGCGAGAAGUUCUACGACAGCAAGGGCAUCGGCUGCUACAUGUUCCGCAUCGACGACGCCGAGGUGGUGGACGCCACCAUGCACGGCAGCGCCGCCCGCUUCAUCAACCACUCGUGCGAGCCCAACUGCUACUCGCGCGUCAUCCACGUCGACGGGCGCAAGCGCAUCGUCAUCUUCGCCCUGCGCCGCAUCCUGCGGGGGGAGGAGCUCACCUACGACUACAAGUUCCCCAUCGAGGAACCCGCCGCCAAACUCCCCUGCAACUGCGGCGCCAAGCGCUGCCGCCGCUUCCUCAACUAGGCCCCGCCCGGGGGGGGGGAGGGGCGCGGGG